AUGUUCAUCCUGCAGAUGUUGACUGUUCUCUGUCUCACUGCUGUCUUCCUGGCAUCUGUGGAAGCUAAAGGCGUGCAGAUGCAGAGGGAUGUCCAGUGCUGCAUGUUGUACUCCCAGGGCAAGGUGCGUACCAAGGAUGUGCUGCGGUUUGAGGUGCAGACCGAGGGGCCUGACUGCAGUAUACAAGCCAUCAUUCUUUACACAAAGAAGGCAGUGAAGUGCGCAGACCCCAGAGAUCGGAAGGUGAAGAGGUUGGUGAGGAAGCUCCAGCAGAGACAAAUCAAGGCGAUGAUGUGGCUCUUUCCUCGUGAUAACCUGCCCGUCAUGUCAGAGGACAAAAAAGACAACUGGGCGGUUCUCAAUGUGCAGUGAUGAACUCCAUCGAAAACUCAUAGUCAAACGCCAAGUGAACUUCCAGCAGCUCGUUGUCUUUUCCUCUGCGACGCUUGCUGACAAUCCAGUCAUCUCGUGUCUCUUUAUUUGUCUCCUUG